AUGAAUCCAGACAAAUUCACUGAUAAAACCAAUCAGACCAUUUCCGAUGCCUUUCAUCUCGCCAAAGAACACUCACACAUUUAUAUUUCUCCUCUCCAUGUGGCAUGCGUCAUUUUCGAUCCAGAAGAUUCUCAAUCUCUAGGAAAUUUAGUAUGUAAGAAAUUGAGCAGUACUAGUGGUACUGAAGGAACAGCCACCAAAGGUGCAAGUGCCACACCCCUCAAUAUUGAUUGUGCCAAAAUUCAAAAAGAAUUGAAAUCGAGUAUGCAAACUAAAAUUGCUUCUCAAUCACCACCAGUUCAAGAUUUAGCUCCCAAUAGAAGACUAGUGACUGUACUUCAAAAUGCAGAUACUAUUCGAGAACAAUUGGGAGAUCAUUUAUUGGCUGUCGAUCAUUUAUUGUUGGCUCUCAUGGAUGAUUCUGAUGUGAAUAGUGCCAUUUCUAAAGCCACUGGAAAUGCCUUAACAAAGACUCUGUUAAAAGAUGUACUCUCUCAGAUUCGAGGUGGAAAGAAGGUUGAAUCCAAACAAGCAGAAUCGGGUUAUGAUGCAUUGAAUCGUUAUGGAUUGGACUUGGUUGAAAGAGCACGAGAAGGUAAAUUAGAUCCAGUGGUUGGAAGAGACAAGGAAAUUGCCAGAACCAUUCGAAUUCUAUCAAGAAGAACUAAAAACAACCCAGUUUUACUUGGUCCUCCUGGUGUUGGUAAAACCGCAAUCGUCGAAGGUAUCGCCAUGAGAAUUGCUAAAGGAGACAUUCCACAGAAUUUGAAAUGUAAAUUAUUUGCCAUUGAUUUAGCUUCCAUGAUUAGUGGCAGCAAAUAUAGAGGUGAAUUGGAAGAACGAGUCAAAGCUCUCUUGAAAGAAGUAGAAGAAAAUCACAAUGACAUUAUUCUGUUCAUUGAUGAAAUUCACACCAUUGUAGGAGCUGGUGCCACUGGUGAAGGAAGUAUGGACAUUGCCAACAUGAUCAAACCCUUAUUGGCACGUGGCAUGUUGAGAUUAAUCGGUGCUACCACACUUGGUGAGUACAAAAAGUACAUUGAGAAAGAUGCUGCUUUUGAAAGAAGAUUCCAACCAGUCUUUGUUGAAGAACCCUCCGUGCAAGAAACUAUUUCCAUUUUGAGAGGUUUGAAAGAUCGUUAUGAAGCUCAUCAUGGUGUUCGUAUUUUAGAUGCUGCAUUGGUUCAAGCAGCUCGUCUCUCUUCUCGUUACAUUUCUGGAAGAUUCAAUCCUGAUAAGAGUAUUGAUCUUAUUGAUGAAGCAUGUUCCUCCAUUCGUGUGCAAUUAGACAGUAGACCUGAAGCGAUUGAUUCUCUCGAAAGAAGAAAAUUACAACUUGAAGUUGAAGCCACUGCUUUGGAAAAGGAAAAGAAGUUUGAAGAUGAAAAGACAAAACAACGUUUGGAAGAGGUCAAAAAAGAAAUUUCCAAAAUUGAUGAAGAAUUGAAACCACUCAUCUUGAAGUUUGAAUCAGAACGAUCUCUUGUGAAUGAAUUGAGAGAAAAGAAUCAAAAGCUUGAGAGAUUGAAAGCCAAAAUGGUGGAUGCAGAGGCACGAUAUGAUUUGGCAUUGGCCUCUGACUUGAAAUAUGGAGCCAUUCCAGAAUUGGAAGAAUCCAUUCGACAACUCAAGAGAAAGAUUGAACAGCAAGAGGAACAAGAUGUGAAAACCGGAGGAGGAAACAAACUUGUGAGUGAUAUUGUAGGUCCAGAACAAAUCAAUGAGGUUGUUUCAAGAUGGACUGGAAUUCCAGUGGAAAAGUUGAAUGAGACAGAAAAGGAAAAAAUUCUCAAGCUUGAAGAUCGUUUGAGAAAGAGAGUCAUUGGUCAAGAUGAAGCCAUUUCUGCUCUCUCUGAAGCCAUCAUUCGAUCGAGAAGUGGAUUAAGCGAUCCUAAUAAGCCAAUUGGAUCGUUUUUAUUCUGUGGUAUGACUGGUACUGGUAAAACUCAACUCGCCAAGGCCAUUGCUAAAGAAUUAUUUGAUGAUGAAAAACACAUGAUUAGAAUUGACAUGUCUGAAUACAUGGAAGAGCACUCUGUUUCCAAACUGAUUGGAGCUCCACCAGGUUAUGUUGGAUUUGACAGAGAUUCUCAAUUGACAGAACCAGUGAGGAGAAGACCUUACACCGUCGUGUUAUUCGAUGAAGUUGAAAAAGCUCAUCCUCGCGUUCUGAAUGUUCUUCUUCAAUUACUCGAUGAAGGAAGAUUAACAGAUUCACAAGGAAGAACAGUAGAUUUUAAGAAUACUGUCAUUAUUCUCACCUCUAAUAUUGGUUCUCAUCUAUUCCUAAAUAUGAAUGACAGUAAUAGAAAACAAAUUCAAAAGCAAGUGAUGGAAUUGAUCAAGAAACACUUCUCACCAGAGUUUUUGAAUCGUUUGGAUGACAUUUUAUUCUUCUCUCCUCUCACUCAACAACACUUGAUGGAUGUGGUGAGAUUGCAAUUGGAUAAAAUCACUGAGAGACUUCGUGAAAGAGAUAUUACUAUUGAUUUGAGAGAUUCUGCUUGUGAAUUGAUUGUUAAGGAAGCUUAUGAUCCAAAUUAUGGUGCUCGUCCAAUGCAACGAUACAUUCAGAAACAUAUUGUGACCGAGUUGAGCAAGUUAAUGUUGAAGGGUGAAUUGAGAGAUGGUAAUCAUGUCAUUGUUCAAGGAGUAGAUGGAACAUUUAGAUUCACCGUAUUGCCAGAUCGAUCUGGAGAGGAUGGAAAGCAAAAUUCGAUCACCUUUAAAGUAAGAGUAACUGUGUGA